AUAACAACAUCGGCUUAAUUCACCUGAUCUGUUCACGUAUUUUUUGUAGCUGUAAUUUAAUUGGCAAAAAAUGAGCUCCGAGGUCUUAGUGUCAAGGCCCCACUAUGACAGCAGAGCUGUGGCCCAGGGGGUCCAGGAGAGAGACCUCUCUGUAAAGCCGGAUGUCCCGCAGCCGUCCUCGGGCUCAGCCACAGCCGGUUACCGCUCCGCUAAAUACGGCCCUGCUGAAUGGUUCUCCAACUACCACAGCAUCCUCCAGCAGGCCGGCACCGAGAGCCACGCAGCCCGGAGCAUCCAAAGAGAGUCCAAAGCUCUGCACCAGGACACCGAGGCAGGCACUUUCAAGACCCAGGGUGAGGGGACGCGUCUCCUGGGGGAGAGACUGCAUGAGAUCCACAGCUGGAAGUCUGAGCUGCAGCGGCACAUCGAGCAGCUGCAGGCCGACACAGAGUCACUGCUGGCGCUGAAGACGAGGCUGGAGAAGGCGCUGGACGCCUCCGAGACUCCGUAUGCCAUCUCCACCGAUAAUCUGAGCUGCAGGGCCCGGAGACUGGGACCAGACCUGGUGCGAGACUCCGUGGAAGAGGAGCUGGUGAAGGAAGUGGACUUGAUCAGAAGUGUCCAGGCUCUUCUGAAGAGAACUACAGCUCAAGUUGUCAGUCAGAUCAAGAUGAACCGAGAGGCAAAGCAGACGUUGGAGAUGGAUUGGUCUGACAAGUACCAGGCAUACAACUUUGAUGACCACAGUGGAAGACACAGUAACAUGAGCCCAGACACACGGCACCACCCAAGCUCAGCCACCUUCCAGGACCAGGUGUGUAACUGCACAUCGUGGACAAAGUUUACACAGGACAACCUGAACAAGGCCCAGCAGGAAGAACAAACCACCCACAGUCUCAGGCUGCUGGUGGAGCAGGUGCUGCAGGACACCACUGAAGAUCUGGAAUUCCAGUGCUCCAGUGUGGACCGAGCCUUCAGCCGGCGCAUUCAGGAGCUGAUAGAGGCCAAGACCCAGAUGGAGACCAAGCUGGCACAGGUCCUGGAGCAGAUUGGGGCCCAGGAGAGGAACAUUGUGUUGCUGCAGCAAGCCAUCCACAACAAAGAGGCUCCACUGAGAGUAGCCCAGUCCAGACUUUACCUCCGCUCCCUCAGACCCAACAUGGAGCUCUGUAGAGAUCAGCCCCAGUUCAGUUUGGAAGGGGAGGUGAGGCAGAUUGAUGCCACUGUGGCGUCCCUGCAGCAGCAGCUGAGUGAGGCCAGACGCUCCCUGUCCCACCUGGAAGAGUCACGCAUCACCCUCGAGAAGGACAUUAACUGCAAAACCCACUCACUGUUCAUCGAGAGAGACAAGUGCAUGACCCACCGAAAACGAUACCCCGCGGCCUCCAAACUGUUAGGAUACUGAAAGCAAUGACUCGGGAGUGUUUUUGUGAAAUGUAGUAAUUUUGUUGUUUUUCAAAUGUUACCAUCCUGGAUUGUA